AUGUCAAUUAAACAAAUUCAUAAUACUAUUGUCGGUAGCAAUCGUAUUGCAUUAGAAGCAGCUGCUCAUUUAUGUCGUCAGUCACUCGCCUACGUUCCUUUUAUUACAACAACCUGUUUACAAGGUGAAGCACGCGAAGUUGGCCGUCGUAUUAUUGAACUUGUCACAAUAAAACCAUCACAGUUAAUUUAUAAUGAUAAUAUUGCUUGUUUAUUUUCUGAUAAAUCAACAUUUGAUGCUUUUCAAUCCUUGACAAAAGAACACAAACGUUAUUGUCUUUUAUUAGGUGGUGAAACAACAGUUGUAAUGAAAAAUGAUAGUGGAAAAGGUGGUCGAUGUCAAGAACUUGCAUUAUCUGCAGCAUUAACUAUUGACAAUGAUAAUGAGGAUAUAUCUAUACUAUUAUUAGCAGCCGGUUCAGAUGGAAUAGAUGGACCGACUGAUGCAGCUGGUGCUUUUGCAUUUAACGGUAUGAUUACCAAUGAGGACGACAUCAAACGAGCUCAUAUAUCACUUGAUAAACAUGAUACAUAUACAUACUUGAGUGAAAUAAAUGAUGGUGCUAAUCUUCUCAAAAUUGGACAUACUAGUACAAAUGUAAUGGAUAUUAUUAUCGUACUUGUUGAUAACAAAGAAUAA